AUGGCCUCAUCUCAUGAUGAAGCAGCAGAGCACUUGCUCGAAGCUGAUGAACCAGGACCGCCUUCCCUCAAUCGCUUCGAGACUGAUGACGAGACAUCUGGACUCACUGAACGCGAGCAUAGCAAAGCCCGAAGACUACUUUACAUCUCCCACUUCCUCUCGACAUGGAACUCGAGGCUCUUCGAAUUCGGUGCCUUCCUGUUCCUAGCCACGAUAUACCCUCGCACGCUAUUGCCAGCUUCUAUCUAUGCUCUCGCCCGCGCAGCAUCCGCUGCCAUCUUAUCUCCAUACCUGGGAUCCUACAUUGACACUGGCAACAGAUUGCGUGUCGUUCGGCUCUCUAUAGUGGGCCAGCGCGUUGCAGUCACCAUCUCGUGCAUAUUGUUCUUUCUCAUGGCGAAUGUUAAUCAUUUGCGCGAUGAUCAACUGCUCUCUGCCUUGUUGCUUGCAUUAUUAUCUGCUCUUGCUUGCGUAGAGAAGCUUGCCUGGGUGUUGAACACCAUUGCAGUGGAGCGGGACUGGGUCGUGACAGUAGCAGGCGAAAAUGAUGAGAGGCUUCGUCUACUAAACUCGCAAAUGCGUCGUAUUGACCUCUUCUGCAAACUUGUGGGCCCACUCGCCAUUGCGUUCGUCAACAACGCCUCGCCUUCGUAUGCUAUACUGGUGACUGGCGCUAUGACGCUUCUCUCCGUACUGGUCGAGUACUUCGCUAUAGCCAGAGUCUACAAUAUGGUACCGGCUCUCAAACUCCCAAAGACAACAAGUCAAAGGCCACAUUCCCAACACAACCUAUGGACUACAAUCAAGGAGGCUGUGUCCGGUGCCGUUACCUAUGCCCGCCACCCGGCUUUCUUGCCUUCGUUCUCCCUCGCCCUGUUGUAUCUUACUGUUUUGUCUUUUGCUGGCCAGAUGAUCACAUAUCUGCUGGCGCUCGGACUGUCGUCCGGCCUGAUUGGUGUUCUUCGUGGUGUAUCAGCUGUGUUCGAGCUUUCAGCCACCUGGUUUGCACCAAAGAUCAUGGCAAGAAUCGGUCCUGUACGAGCUGGGAUAUGGUUCAUCAACUGGGAAAUACUCUGCGUCGCCAUCGCUUGUGCCUUCUUCUGGAUCGACCUCAGUCCUGCUUACACUGCCAUUGGCACCGUCAGUGCAGUCAUCGCUAGCAGAGUCGGACUCUGGGGCUUCGACCUCAGUGCCCAGAUCAUCGUACAAGAGGAAGUUGAGCUGGAGAACCGAGGGACAUUCUCGUCCCAGGAGUUCGCCCUGCAAAACAUCUUCGAAAUGCUUGCCUUUGCCAGCACCAUCGUCUUCCCUCGGCCAGCGGACUUCAAGUACCCAGCCACUGUCAGUGCUAUUGCCGUUGGAAUUGCCGGCAUAUUAUACGCGACAUUCGUGCGCGCUCGCAGGGGUCAUCUCAUCCACCUUUCGCAGUGCGUGGAUCGUAAAGGCCCGCACAGAAACCCCCAUCAUUGGUGGCAACGGAUACCAAACAGCAGCACCGAGUAA